AAUAAAGACAUUCACGAGAGUUCGAGGGUCGGAACUCAGAAAACGAACAUUGUUUCCGUGGGGAUUCAUUUUGGUGAUGUACGCUCAAAAUUCUAGAAACAAUUUUCCGCGUCUUCUCAGUAGUGGUUUUCAUUGUGCUUUUAUUGUCGAAAGCUUAUAAGAUAAUUUUCAAAAUCCAACGACCACAUGGGGAGAAGUAGGAGCAGGUCGCCUCCAAGACGAGAGAGACGUCGUUCCCGCUCAGCCUCGCGGGAGCGCGAGCGGCGGCGCAGAGAGAGGGAGCGCUCCAGGUCACGCGACAGAGACCGGCGGAGGACGCGCUCGCGCUCGCCUCACAGGCGCCGUUCGAGAUCUCCACGCCGCCACCGCUCAUCUUCACUGUCUCCUGUGCGGCAGAAGGACAGACGUGAGGAUGACAAAAAAGAGGUGAAAGAAAAGGUGGUCAAGGAACAUCAGAUCUCAGAGGAAGAUAUGCAGGGGAAAACUGAAGAGGAGAUUGAGAUGAUGAAGCUAAUGGGCUUCAGUACCUUUGACACCACAAAGGGGAGGAAAUCAGAAGGCUCCUGCAAUGCACAUGCAGUCAAUGUGUGUCAGAAAAGAAAAUACAGGCAGUACAUGAACAGGAAAGGUGGAUUCAACAGACCUCUGGAUUUCAUAGCCUGAGAUGCCCAUUUGAAGUAAUUGAAGUCAAGUGAUCCUCAAUAAUUUAUACCAUUGGUUUCAGACUCAUCUUUACAUUUAUAGAAAAGGAGAUGGUAAUGUUUCAGUAUGCUGGAGUAUUGUUUUUGCCAUCUGUGUAACUUGUUGAUAGUUUGACAAAAUGGACACAUUCCCUGUCAAAAUUGAUUUGCUAGCCUAAUUGAUGUCCCACAUAAAUCCAUUGAUGUGUUUUGAUAUUUUUAGUCAUGGUUUUUUUUUUUUCUUUUUUCUAAUGUGGAAACUUUGCAGUUCAUCUAGGGUACAGAUGAUGAGCUGUUAGUUAAAAUAAAGUCUGUGAAUUGGUGAAAAACCUUUUGAAUUUUUAUUUGCCGUUUCAGGUGGAUUGGUAGCUUCAAAUUGCACUUACUGUGUAUGUGGGAGUGAAUGAGUGUGAGGCUGCCCUGCGAUGGACUGGUGUCCCAACCAGUGUACCCUACCUCAUGCAUUCUACUUCAGCUCUGGAAUGCUUGCAUAGGACAAGUAGUUUGUGAAAAUGGAAAACAAAAUGUUAUCCAUUUUUUGCAGUUGAUGAUCAUAGGAGUUAAAUGAGGACUUAAAUGAACUACAUUUACAUGUAUUCACUUAGCAGAUGCUUUUCUCCAAAGAGACGUACAUCUCAUAGAAAAUACAAUUUGUGCAUUACUACUCACUAACUUUGAAUUGUUUGCCCUUCAGACUAGUGGGUUUCUACUCAAACCUUCAUCAUUUCUCAAGGGUUGAUUCACUCUUGUUCCCAAAUUUAUUGUUCACAGCUCUCCUCCAAAAGUUCAGAAUAAUUUAUAAAGGAAUUUCCAAGUCAGAAGGGACAUAUACCCUUUCGCAAAUGUUUUGUUGAGAUUCUGCAAACAUCCUUUGCUGGACAAACAGCAUCAAUACUCUAUUAAGAUAACUAUUAGAUACAGAUUCAUUCACUAUUAAAAACCAUUGCCAAGUGGUUAUAUUUGGUCUUGUGUUGCUCUAUAUGCAAGUCCAAAAACAAUGCUUAUUGGAGAGAUCUUCCUGAA